AUGGAGACGUCUACUGUAAUUACAGGAGGUGCUGGAAAUACAUCAGUACAGUAUCUCAAUUCAACAAUGGCAGCCACUACCGCUGAAGUUCCAUCUGUUGAGGAAUUUCUGGAAUACCAAUUAGGCGUCGCUAUGUGGAAAUAUAUGACGCUUGUCGUGAUUAUAUUUGGAUUGACAGGAAAUGUUCUUUCGUUUCUUGUUAUGAAAUUUACAAGUAUGAAUAAAAAUGCCUCGUCCAUAUAUCUUGCUGCGUUGGCGAUAUUCGACACGGGAGUACUCCUCGUUGGUCUCGGACGACAGUGGUCUCGUAACAUGUUUGCCUUUGACAUUCGGGCAACGCAUGAAUGGGCGUGCAAAAUCCACAUAUUCUUCACCUAUAUGUUUAUUGACCUAUCCGCCUGGAUGUUGGUCUGCGUUACGAUUGAUAGAGUCAUUCUCGUCUACUUGCCCUUGAAAGCGAAGUCGAUCUGCACAAGAAAGAAAACCAUCAUUGUCAUAUGCCUUGUUACCCUUUUCCUCGUUGGAGUGAACUGCCAUUGGUUCUUUACAGUUGGGCAACGUGAUUUCACCAAGUUGAUCGAGGAGGUACAGUUAACUUGCGCCUUCCUGGAGGGAUUUGAAGAAUUCCAUCAAACAUACUGGCCGUUAAUCGAUGCAUCCGUCCGUUCGUUUAUCCCGUUCACUGUUUUGUUCGUCAGUAACAUCCUCAUCAUCGCCCAGUUGGUUAGAGCAGCUAUACGCAGGAAGAAGCAAAUGAACGCCUCGACUUCGAAAACGGACGACGCCACACGGUCGAUGACAAUCAUGCUCGUGAUGAUAUCCUUUUUGUUCCUUUCUUUUACGUCUCCAGCUGUAAUCCUCGAUAUCAUAAUUCAACCUGACAUAACAAGAGCUCCAACGGUGGCUGAAAAAGCAAGUGAGAAACUCACCGUGGCUGUUGUAAAUCUGUUGAUGUAUAUGAACAGUGCUUUGAAUUUCGUCAUGUACUGUUUGAGUGGGAAGAAAUUCCGCAAUUCGUUGCGAGAAUUAUUAUGUGGUAAGAAAUCAACAUAUAGAAAACAGACGAACACGCAAAGUAUGAUGACGAAUCAGAGCGAAAUAAACUCUCAGAAAAAUGUGGAUAGAAUGCCGGACUCAAACCAAGUUUAG